GUGCAGGGCCCGGCGGUGCAGAGGCCCCGGGCCCGCCAGCGCAACCAGGCCACUGGGGAGUGACUUCCACUCAGGAUCGCGGAAGGCGCAGGCCGUUGGCGCGUGGCAGUCGGCGUGGGCCUGGCGUCCCCGCGCGUUCGCGGCGCCCCGUGUCUCCGGCUGGGCGCAGGUGGGCCAGGCCGGGCGCCGCAGAUCGGCGCGUUCCCACGAAGGCUAGCCCUCGGAGCGAGGGGGAGGGACCAUCGGAAAGACGUGGAACGAUCCGCGCGGUGUCAUCCGCAGGGCCCAGGCCCCGCGCCACCGCCGCUGUCGUCGCCGCCGUCGCCGUCGCCGCCGCCGCCGCCGCUGGGGCUUUGCUGCGGGCAUCCACGCCGAGCCUCCGCGCAGCCCGGAGAUUAGCAUGACACUGGGUAGCCGUCCCGCUUCCGGCGGUGCCAGAGCGCAACGCGCUAGUCCCCGAGCCGCGAUGGCCCCGCGCGGGGGCCGAUCGCCGGGCUCCGCCGCCGCCGCGGCCCGGGAGUAGGAGUAUGCCUGCGGCGGGGGACCCACGCGUGUCGGCUCGCGCCCCCACCCUCCCGCGCCCCCGCCAGCCUCGGAAGGAGGAAGCUUGAAGCCGCGCCGCGGUCGCCAGCACCCAACGGGGCUCUUCCUGCGUUGUCGCAGCGGCGGUCCCCUCCCGGUGCUCCCGCGCGCCCCCCGUUCGAGCCUCUGGAAUGAAGACUGCCUCCCGAGGACUGAGAGAGAGAGAAGCAGAGGCAGCGGGUGCCGGGGACUGCGGGCCUCGCGGCUGGGAGGUCCGGGGAGGACGCGACUCGGACGCUGUCAUCCCCACGCCUGGCGCUGAAGCCUCCUAGUGCGGUUGGGGCUGCCGCCCACCGUUCAAGCUGCCGGGGCGUGCGAUCCCGGGUCGGCCCCCGGAGGCCUCGGCUUCCUCAUUCGUUUGGGUCUUUUGUGCUGUGGCGCACCGUUGGCUAAGCACUCCUGCGCUGAAUCGGGCCAUUGUCUGCGCUCCCAUUGCUUCCACGCUGCAAGUCUCGGCGCCCCCACCCCGGCCGCCCCCUCCCAGCCGCCGAGCCUCCCAACGUGCCUUCCCCCCCAGGAAUCUGGAAGCUGGAAGCCCGGCGGGUUGCAAAUGAAGUGGAAUGCAUUGUGGGACGAGUGUAAAAUCCGAGCCUUCUCCGUGGGGGUGUGGGGGGGCGUGGGGAGGGCCGGACCUGCCGCCGGCGGUGUAGACACCGACGAGAAGAGGGGUUGGGGGAAAAAUAAUGCGCGCAGAGUCCUCCCGGGUCGUGGCCUCGGUAGACGGAUGAAGCAGCGCGCUGCGCCCUGGCGCUGAGGCCCCACUCUCGGGGCACCAGGGUCGCCCUUUCCCCACCAUGAAGAAGACCCGGAGCACAACCUUGCGGCGAGCCUGGCCUAGCUCGGAUUUUUCGGACCGGGCCUCGGACCGCAUGAGGUCCCGCAGCGAGAAGGACUACCGCCUGCACAAGCGCUUCCCCGCGGCCUUCGCGCCCCAGGCUUCUAGGGGCUACAUGACAUCAGGUGAUGUGUCACCAAUCAGUAUGUCCCCCAUCAGUCAGUCUCAGUUUAUUCCACUCGGGGAGAUCCUUUGCUUGGCCAUCUCAGCAAUGAACUCUGCGAGAAAGCCUGUCACCCAGGAGGCGCUGAUGGAACACCUGACCACGUGUUUCCCAGGUGUUCCAACCCCAAGCCAAGAAAUUCUACGGCAUACCCUAAACACACUGGUACGGGAGAGGAAAAUCUAUCCGACUCCGGAUGGCUAUUUCAUUGUGACCCCACAGACUUAUUUCAUUACUCCUUCCCUCAUAAGAACUAACAGUAAGUGGUACCACUUGGACGAGAGGGUACCUGACAGGUCUCAGUGUACCUCUCCACAACCAGGAACCAUAACGCCCUCUGCCUCAGGCUGUGUCAGGGAAAGGACAUUACCCAGAAAGCACUGCGACUCUUGCCACUGCUGCCGAGAAGACGUGCACAGCAUGCAUGCCUCCACUCUGCAGAGGAAGCCCCCCAAGGACUGCAAAGACCCCUACUGCCCUCCUCCGCUCUGCCAGGUGCCACCCACUGAAAAAAGCAAAAGCACUAUAAACUUCUCCUAUAAGACGGAAACUCUCUCGAAACCUAAAGAUGGUGAAAAGCAGUCCAAAAAAUUCGGCCUCAAGUUAUUCCGGCUGAGUUUUAAAAAAGACAAGACCAAACAGCUGGCCAAUUUCUCUGCACAGUUUCCUCCCGAGGAGUGGCCUCUGCGAGACGAGGACACGCCCACGACUAUCCCCCGGGAAGUGGAGAUGGAGAUCAUCCGGCGUAUCAACCCAGACUUGACGGUGGAAAAUGUCAUGAGGCACACUGCACUGAUGAAGAAACUUGAAGAAGAAAAAGCUCACCGGAGCAAAGCCGGGUCCUCCGCCCACCACAGUGGAAGGAGUAAAAAGAGCCGGACUCACCGAAAGUCCCACGGGAAGUCUCGGUCACACAGCAAGACGCGAGUGUCCAAAGGAGAUCCUUCGGAUGGCUCGCAUCUGGAUAUCCCCGGUGAGAGGGAGUAUGAAUUUUGCGACCCUCUAACCAGGGCCCCCAGAGAGGGCUGCUUCAUCAUUGAACACAAAGGAGACAACUUCAUCAUGCACAGCAACACAAACGUGAUCGAGUCCCAUUUCCCCAUGACGCCAGAAUGGGAUGUGUCUGGCGAACUGGCCAAAAGGAGAACGGAGAUGCCCUUUCCCGAACCUUCCAGGGGAAGCUCCCACUCCAAAGUGCACCGAAGCCACAGCCAUACCCAGGACCGGAGGUCCAGGAACGAGAGGUCCAACAAGGCCAAGGAGAGAUCCAGGUCGAUGGAUAACUCCAAAGGCCCCCUGGGCGCUUCUUCACUCGGGACUCCGGAAGACCUGGCUGAAGGCUGCAGCCAAGAUGACCAGACACCCAGCCAGUCAUACAUUGACGACAGUACUUUAAGGCCUGCGCAAACGAUUGGUCAUCAAAGGGCUCAUAUUCCUUCUGCCAGCUAUAAAGAGGUGUGCAUUCCAGAAAUAGUUGGUGGUAGCAAGGAACCUUCUAGUGCUUGUAGCCUUUUGGAGCCAGGCAAAACCCCUGAGAGUAUGCCGUCCUAUGGGGAACUCAGCCCUUGUCCGGCAAAAACAGCUGUGGAUGACUACUUUCAGUGCAACACCUCGAGUGAGACUGUGCUCACCGCACCGUCCCCUUUAGGGAAGAAUAAGGAGGACCAUGACACUUUGACCUUGGUGGAGGGGGUAAAAAAGCUGUCUCCAGUUGAGAGGCAGACUCCCCAUUCUUCCAGGGAACCUGUCGGGCACAAGGAGGAGUCACCAAAAGGGCCAGGAGGGGGCCCUGCAGCCUCUGGUGGUGUGCCAGAGGGGUUGGCCAAUGGCCGUCUUGUCCAACAUCAUAGUGCAGAACCCAGCAGCCUGGACAAAAGGAAAGAAAUAUUCAGCAAGGACACACUGUUCAAACCUCUACACAGCACCCUGUCUGUGAAUAGCUAUCACAAGUCUAGCUUGUCCCUCCUCAAAUCUCACCCGAAGUCACCUGCUGACACACUGCCAGGCCGUUGUGAGAAACUGGAACCUUCCCUUGGGACAUCUGCAGCCCAAGCCAUGCCUCCGUCCCAGCGUCAACAGGACUCUGGAGGGAACCAGGAGGCCUCUUUUGACUAUUACAAUGUCUCUGACGAUGACGACUCCGAGGAGGGGGCCAACAAAAACACAGAGGAGGAGAAAAACAGAGAUGACGUGGGCACCAUGCAGUGGCUCCUGGAGAGGGAGAAGGAAAGAGACUUGCAGAGGAAGUUUGAGAAGAACCUCACCCUCCUCACCCCUAAAGAAACUGAUAGCAGCAGCAACCAGAGAGCCACCCACUCAGCCCGGCUGGACAGCAUGGACAGCAGCAGCAUCACUGUGGACAGUGGAUUCAACUCCCCACGGAAUUGAAAAAAAAAAUGUUUCUGCAGCUGUAGAGAUCACCAAUCUGGACUGCACUCGGGAGAGCCUGGCUUCCAACACAUCAAGCAUUGUUGAAAGCAACCGCCGUCAGAAUCCUGCUUUGAGUCCGGCCCAUGGCGGGGCUGGUCCAACCUUCAACUUCCGUGCCAGUACGGAUCCCCCGACCAGCGAAGCUGAGAAAUUACAGAAACCUUCCAACUGCUUGCAAGCUUCUGUUACUAGUGUAUGAUUGUCCUUCUGCCUCAGAUCUUCUGUCUCAUCCGAUACAGCAACGUUUACGAUGAUUGGGACUGAUGUUUACAUCUCUGCAAAGACAAACAUCUCAAGCACAGGUUGGGGGUUACUUGAGCUGUGCUGCUAAGUAGGCUAGGGCAAAAAAGAAAAAAUCUUCAUUUCGGAGUAUUGCUUUUCACAUGUAUGGCUCUGUAGCAACCGAAUAGCAGUAGGGAGAUACGUACACUUCCGCUUCACUAACUGUAUCUGAGCACACAUAGGAAAGUCUAAACACUGUAAGUGGAACAUGCAUUUUUCAAUGUCAUACAGUUGCCAAUUCCAUUCUGAAAUGCCACAGAGAUGUGUUGCUCCCGGCCAGCCUAUGGGGAAUGGGGCCAUGGAACUAAUCCUUGAUAGCCCCGCCCCCUCAAAAAAAAAAAAAGCCAAGCCGCUACAAAAUGUAAAUGUAGGGAUGUCCAUUGUGAAGAAAAUCAAUGCCAAACUGGGCAGAAGGGACCCCAGCCCUUUGUGUGUGAGUCCUUUAACGUACCAGUCAUUUUUCACUGUGAGUUUUCACGACACUCUCGCAGGAGCCCAUGGAAGUGGGUCAGAGGUCCCAAUGGAUGGAUGGAUGGAUGGAUGGAUGGAUGGAUGGCGUUAGGGUGUUUGUUUUCACUCUUUUCCAGCUCACUCAAUGCUUGUCUUGAGUUUUGUUUUGUUUUGUUUUGUUUUAACUUUCCCUAAUCACAAACAGGAAUAUAGGCCUUUGAAGUGGACAAAGGAAGGGAAAUGAAGUCUCAUGAGGGGCACAGCACUGAGUGUGUGGAUGACCAGGAGGGAUGAAUCAGAUACUGGAGCAGGAUGCCUUCCUCCUUAGGAUGCCUAAGAUGAGCGAGCUUACUAUACUAGAUGCAGUGAUUAGUUUGUUGGGAAGCAAAAUGUUCUUUAUGAUACAAAUGAAGAAUGUGGCCUGAGGGUGUUAUUCUUUCUAAUGGAAGGGACAUAAAUCUAUUUUAUGUAGUUUUAAAUAGAAUGCCUAAAUUAGGCUAUGGGAGAUGAUUUUUAGUGGUUGUAGGAAAGAAGAGCAAAUUUAGGAAGAGCUGAACUUCAGGCCUUUUAUCCCUGGGAAGAUAUCUAUAGAGACAACAUUUAAAGUAAUGUUUGAUUAGAAGUAUACAUGGGCCCAUGUAGUGAACAGCGGAAUGUCCUCAUUCCGCUAGUGUGGUAUAUACUCCUAAUUUGUACUCUCCUAAAAUGUAUCAGAAUGACAAUUAUGCAUUCAUGAACUAUGCCAGAGUAAUGUUUACAGAUACUUUGUAAUGAUUUCAGGAGGGUGUUUUUUUGGCGGGGGAGAAUCGUGUGGCAGUUCUUUUACAAUGAUUUCUCCAUGCUCUGCUUUGGUUUAUGACGUCAUGCUCAGUAUCAAAGGCUUUGCAGGAGGGGGACCACUAACCAUUACACUCCAGUCCUACAGGAAAGGCACUUUUCCAAAGUCUCUUUAUCUUAUUUUCUGAGAAGCAUUGCCUACAUCUGUAGGUAACGGAAAUCCAUCUGCACAAGGGUUAGGUCUGAACUGAGAAAAUGGUCAGAAAUGAAAUUAUAUUCAGUUUAGCAUCAGAUGAGCUUUGGAGCCAUAUACUAUAGUGAAUUCAUAAAUAAAUAAAUUAAAAUCAAUACAAAGUAUUUUCACUUAAGAUUUCAGUAAUGAGCCUAAGUUUGUGAGUUACUUCUUUGUCCGUGUCAGGCUUAAUCACUAGCAAUGUGUAUAAGGGAACACAAUCAUAUGAAGUUGUUGGAAACAUGUACACUCAUAUUUUCUCUGCUAUUUGGAAGUUGUGUUGGGUCAAACUGGGCUCCUUAAGUUUGGUAUAAAUUUCUUUUUUGUGCUUAUUGUAAUUAAGCUUAAGCACGAUUCUCAAUAUACUGCUACAUCCUUGAAAUGCUUAAGGCAAUUGGAUUUGAAUCUCAUACCUUACUUCCUCCCAGGCAUGCCUCAGUUUUCAGAAACACUUUGUUUAUCUCAUUACUUAAGUAUGUUCAGAAAGAGCAACCAUAUAUCUGGUAGACUACAUAGUCUGUUUGCUUAGGGAGCCAUAUACCAUACAAUUUCUAGAUCUGGUCUAAAUUAAUUCCCCCCCCCCCAAAAAAAAACCUGCUCUGAAAUUUUUGGCAUACUCAGUUCAUAAAUAAUAGGACCAUUAAAACAAUACAUUAGUCUCUGAUUGACCCUCUGAACAUAGCCAUUGAAAAAAUUGAAUGCUCUGUGAGCACGAGAGGACAUAAUUACAUUUAAAUGAAGCUUUAAAAUAUGAAUUUUUGAUAGUUCACAAUAAACAGGUUUACAGAAGGCAUUAUUCAAACAAAAUGUGUACACUAUUUGCCUAAUCAUUGUGGAGUACAUGAUUUAAAAAAAAAAUAAAUGAACCUCCCUAGACCAGCAGCCAUUUGCAUAGAAUGAUGGGCUUUAAAGAUGAUAUACCACAUAAACAGAAAUUCCGUGGAGAAACACUCUUGUCUGAAUCUAAUCUGGAUUCGUGAAUAGAGGAAACAUUGGUGGUGGGAAGCACAUGGCAGCUAGGAUACGCACAUGUGUCUAAGAUGGUCUCAUCAAAAUGGUGAGACUCUUGACUCUCACGGCCUUGGCUUGAGGCCCUCUCUGGGCUUUGCCAAUAUUAUUCUCCACUGGAACCAUAGCUUUGUGUUCCAGGACGGCAUGUCUAGUUUUAGAGUUUAUCAGCGGAAAGGUUUACAAAACUGAGUCUGGUUGAAUCUCUGUGAGGCAUUCAACUUAAAGGGUCAACACAUCUGUCGGCAUUUUGCACACUUAUGUAUUAUUAUGAUACAGCAUAUUACUUUAUGGUAAUUUUUAUUUUUACAUAUAACUACCUCCAUGAAUCUGAUGAAAUGGCAGCAGUGUGUUAAAGUGUGUUCUUCAGAAAAAAAAAAAAAAGGCAAUGUUUCGAACAUGCUUCAUCAGUAAGCCAUGGCUUUGCGUGUGUGUCAGUGACUUACCCAUUGGACUCAUGACUUUUUCGUUGCCAUGGUUUUCUUUCACAACAUCCUUUGGCUUCCAAUUGUAAGCCUGUUGUCCCCUUUCUCUCUCCCUUCUCCCCCAUGAAAGCACAUUUGAUUUGUUACAAAUGAAUGAACAUUUUAAAAUUACUGUCUUCCCCGCUUCUCCACUCCUGCUCUUAGAGAGAAAAAAAAAAAAAAAAAAGAGUCCUCUUUCACAAAGAGCCACUUGGUAAACAUUUGGGACGUUAUUAAUUCCUAUAUUGGAAUUAGAUUGCUAGGGAUGUUUUCCUCAGUAACAAAAGACAUGUGAGAAAUUUGGACUGGCAGCUUGGAAGCACUUUGGGUCUCUGCUUUUAUCAGAUGCUACCCCAUGGAGCCCAAACUUCCCUUUUACUAAAAGAACUGUGCCAUGCAUUUUGAGAUGUCUGCUAAGGAAUUUAUCUACCAUUUGAUAUAUUUUGCCCAUCUCAGGAGACCUUAAUGAGUGCAAGAAUAGGGUGUGUGCACACCCAAUAGGGAAAACCAAUAGGAAAGCGGAAAUGAGAGUAGCAGGGGAGAAAUAAGAAAUGCCCACAUUUUUGAUGUUGGAGAAUUCACAUUCAGGAAACACAAAUGGAAAGGGAAUGUGGAGGAGCAGUGAUUUGAACAUCAGCUGUUCCUAAAUGUUUCUUUUUGAAAACUCAACCCAUUUUACAAUGUACAUUCAAAUUCUAUUGCAGCCACCACCCAGACAGGAAUGGAGGUUCAUAGAAGAGCAUCCUUUCUCUUUUAGGUUAGCAUAGCUUUGUAAAGUUCUAUGUAGGAUUAACCACUUGUCACCACAAAGUGUACUUGAAGAUAAAGUUUGUAACUUCGGUGAUAGGCACAGUUCUCACAAAACCAUUUGGGAGGGGUAGCACUUUGAGCUUGCACUAACCACCAAUUGGUGAUGUUCUGCAGCUCAACUGGGGAUUUCAAAGUGCUUCCAAAGCAUUAGCUGGAGAGCUGCAGAGCAGGUCCUGUUUCUCAUACCUGUGCUUGACAGGAGCAAACAAAUGGAGUGACUCAAGAUCACCCAGAAACACAGUGGCAGCUCUCUCUCUCUCUCUCUCUCUCUCUCUCUCUCUCUCUCUCUCUCUCUCUCUCUCUCUCUCUCUCUCUCUCUCUCUCUCUCUCUCUCUCUCUCUCUCUGUGACCUAUUUUCUAUCUGUUUGAUAGGCCAUGGUGAGAAAUCACUAAAAUGCUAUUUUUAUGAUGUGUGCUAAUAAAGAAAACAAAUACAGCUUGACACCUUGUCCAUUUCAUUCAAAGAGGUAUGGGUGUUUGGAAUCUCAACACCUCAGCACCCCUUACUGGUAUUGAGUUAUGAAGUGGGAUAUGAACAAAUCCACAGCAAUGCCACUGUCAUCAAAGGCCAGUCCAGACAUCCACCUUUGUUUACAGUUUCUCAUUGGGUUCCUGUCAUUUCUGUGCUAAAACCCCAUCUUCAGGAACAUUGGCUGCUCCAGGCAGUGGACGGUGCUGAAACAGUUGUUUUUCUUUUCUUUUCUCUUCUUCUUCUUCUUCUUUUUUUUUUUUUAGUUUUUCCUUUAAAAUCUUUAACAAGCACUCUUCAUAGUGCUCAGCUACAUACCAUUCACUAAACUCUAUCAAGCCCUGCUUUGUAGGAUCUGGGAAGCUGAUCCAGUUCCAAGAGUUUUGUCAAAUUAUGAGAUAGAAGGUCUUUGACAUCUGCUUUCUCCUUUCCCACAGACCAGUCCCACACCCAACUAACUAGCAGUGUAGUGCAGACCACAGUAGACACAAGAAGAAGUGGUGCUUCCUUACCCUCCCCAAACCCCACCCAUUGUCAAAGCCAUCCAAUAAUAUCCUGUGAGCGAGGGACUCCUUGGCCCGUGUUUAAGGCUUGGGGAAAUUAGAAACAAGAAAAAUGAAUGCAAAAGCCAUGGGAGGCAUUGUUUUUCUUUAGGCUAGUUAAACAUGGCGGAAAAGGGAUUGCUAUUGUCUGAGCUUUGCCAAGAAAUACAAAAGAACCAGCUGUCACCUCAUCCUUCUCGAAGAAGGCUUUAUAGUAUUAAUGAUACAAGUGAUAUUUUCCCAUGGAGUUUUCCUUAGGACACAGUUCAUAAAUUAUACACAGGAGACAUUUUAUUAUUAGAUCUCAUGUGUUUGCGAAAGGUACUGACUUUUCCCUGAUUGAUGUCUGUCCCCUUGGCUUGCAUCAGCAACACAGAGGGGCUCCGUGGUGACAGCUUUCUAUGAUACAUACGCCUGUGUCUUUAUUAUUGUUCACAGGCUUAAUGGUUGCAAAAAUUUAGAUUUGGGCAAAGCUCCAGGGGAACUAAGUGGUCUUGUGAUUGUAUGCAGGCAGUCAGAGGCCUUUAAAUGGCUCAUUGUUGGCUUCACUUGUGAACAGGCGCACCCUUCUGACUAGGAAAAGGGUGUUUCCGAGUGAGGUACCAAUGGCUCUGGAAAGGCAGAAAUGGAAGGUUAGAGCCAGGCUGGUCCUUGUGCACCUGCCUACCUCCCUGUCCAAAGGCUGACCUUGGUACCCCCCGUUCCCCUACUCUUACCCCCAAAAGAGGUACCGAAUCUGAGACCUGAGCUUCCCUCCAAUCCCAGUCCUCUCCAGCUCCAGGACCUUCAUCCUAUAGAACAUUCUUGAAGCCCUGACUUCCUUCCCUCUGAGGGUUACCCCCUCUGCCUCCUUGCCCUCUCCGCCCCACACAAGUACCUAACUCCACCACCACUGUUUCCACGUUGGAAGAAGAGAAUACUGUGUAGCAUUGUGCACGCAUGCCAGUUAGGAAUAGAGCUGCCCUAGGGUCACCUUCAUGUAAGUGUCAACCGCUACAAAAGUCCUUAGAGCAGUGACAUCUAUACUCUGGAAGGGAAUUCAAGGGAUCAUGGCUCUGCAGGUGUCUUUCUCUGCGUGGCUGACUGUGACAAUUGCAUUAGGGUCAAUGAGCUAAGAAGUACACAUGGGAUUCACUAUGUUAGGAAGGAGUUUUGCAGCCAAGACUGCCUUGAAUAAAAAUGUUUUUGCACUGAAAAAAAAAAAAACUUUAAAUGACUUGGUCUCUGGUUGCUGUAAAGGUCAUCCAAGAUGGAUGUUCUGUUUAUAUUGUAUAGUAUUUCAUAAGAAAUAACUGCAGUUCAUGAAACGUCUUCCCUGAUUUCUAACAGCACAUUUGUAACAUGGUUUUUAUCGUGUCCGUGUACCAUAUUGUAAAUGAUGAUUCCUUGUCAUCCUUAGUAUAAUAAGUUAAAAGGAAAAAAAAAAGGACAGGGAUUUUUGUAAGUCUAUAUUUGAAAGUCCCUCCAUAUGGUAAUAUUGUGUUCAUGUUGUAUAUGUAGUGUUGUGUGAAAUAUCCAUUUUGGAUUGUGUUACUUUUUAAGAUAUUAAAUAACAUUUGGUUAUAUGUGUAA